AUGGGCAUCCAGGGCGAAGAGAGCGUGCCAUACUCUCCUCGAGACGACAAGGACACCGCCAUGACGCCGAGCAGCAGCAGCAGCAGCAGCAGCAAUAGCAGCAGCAGAGAAAUGGAGCAAGAGCGAGGGUUGUUGAGUGAUUGGAGAGACGAUGAUGUCGAGGUCGUGUCCAACGAGAAGAGAUGGUCAGAGAAGCGCUCUCCAAGCAAAAGCAUUUGGAUCUUCAUGAGCUUGUUGAUAACCGUCGUACUGGUCAUGGUAGUCGUCACAGCUUCAGGCUUCGGUAAGGGUUUGGAACAGCCAGCCAGCGGCCAGGAUGAUGGAGAAGUCAAGACGAACGACUACAUUCUCGACUCGAAUUGGGACAUUCAAGCACCCCCACAACGAAGAGAGUACUCCUGGACCAUUCGAGACCGGGAGCAUAACCCUGAUGGCAUUUACCGGCCGAUGAUUCUUGUCAACAAUCAAUUUCCAGGUCCGCUCAUUGAAGCAAACGAGGGCGAUACCAUCGUGGUACAUGUUGACAACCAAGCUGUGAACGCUACCUCGAUCCACUGGCAUGGGCUUUACCAAAACAGCACGCCGUACAUGGACGGUACUGUGGGCGUCACCCAAUGUCCCAUCCCACCAGGCGGCACUUUCCACUACGAGUUCACGGUCUCAGGCCAGAGCGGUUCAUACUGGUGGCACGCUCAUCAGGGCGUCCAGUCCUCCGAUGGUCUGCAUGGGCCAUUGAUCAUCUACAGUCGAGACGAGCAAAGGUUGCAACAUAUCCCGUACGACACCGACCGUGUCAUUCUCUUGUCGGAUCACUACCAUGAUUUGUCUUCUGCCCUGCUGUGGCAAUACCUGAAGCCCGAUAUGGAGAAUACUGAGCCAGUGCCUUACAGCGGUCUCAUCAAUGGAAGGUCGAUCAGAAACUGCGAUGACUUUCCCGAUCGCAGGUGCGACAAUUCCACCGCUAACGUGGGCCUUCCACGCAUCGACCUUUCACCUCAGAAGAAUCAUCGUCUGCGACUUAUCAACGUUGGUGCCUUCGCCGAGUUUCAAGUCCAGCUGGAUGAGCAUCAACUGGCUGUCACCGAAGUGGAUGGUACCGAUGUCGAGCCACAGACGUAUCAUAGGGUCAACAUCAAUCCCGCUCAACGUUAUAGCGUUGUCGUCAACACGAAUGCGACAGGUGCAGAUUCAUUCUGGUUCCGGGCUCGCAUGGUCACGACCUGUUUCACCGAUCCUCCUGAGGAGCUAGACACAGAUGCUUUAGCUGUCAUUCGAUAUCACAAGGACGCAAACGAAGUGCCAACGUCAAAAGACUGGGACGAGCGGCUACCUGACGAAUGCAAGGACAUGAAUACUACCGAUCUCGUGCCCGUGGAAAUAGUCGCCGCUCCAGCGGAUGCGGACGCUUUCUUCUACCUUCGCUCCAACUUCGAGAUUGGGAAAUACCGACUGAGUCGCGGCUUCUUCAACAGCACCACUUUUCGACCAGAUGUCAAGUCUCCGAGCUUGCAACGCACCAUCGAUGGGCUCGUUGAGCGAAAUGGCACAUUCAGUACGAGUAGCAAUGGCGUAGCCGCGUUCGUGAACGACAAAGCCUUCGACACAUUCCGUGAACUAGUCAUCCAAACUACCGGAAUUCAGACAAUCGAUAUUCUUGUCUCGAAUUUCGAUGAUGGAAACCAUCCAUUGCAUCUCCACGGUUACAAAUACUUCGUCCUCGCUCAGGGCCACGGCUAUCCGCCUCUCACAGAAGUCGGCGCAGACAUCAACAGAGCAAAUUUGUCCCCGCUUUACGAUAGCUUGGAUCUUUCGAAUCCCCUUCGCAGAGACACUGCUUCUGUUGAGGCUUACGGCUGGAUUCUGCUGCGUGUAGUCGCUGAUAACCCGGGUGCUUGGGCAUUCCACUGUCACGUCUCCUGGCAUACGGAAGCCGGGCUCAUGAUGCAGUUCCUGACCCGGACUGAUGAGCUUGCAGAUGUCCGGAUACCGGGCGACAAUUCGCAACUUUGUGCGGCCGAAGGUCUUGAGAAGGGCAUGGGACCCGAGGAUGAGGAUUAUAGGGAGCUUGCAAUGAGUUGA